CGUGCCCAGCCCCACAGAUCCGGAAYGGGAGGGUGACUGUCCUCAAGCCCCGCUACACCUACAGAGACUCUGUCACCUUCAGGUGCCACAGAGGCUUCACCUUGCGAGGCCACCCCACAUCCCAGUGCCAAGGUGACAGAAAGUGGCACCCACCUSUACCUGUCUGUGAGCAGGGUAAGAAUCAGUGCUUGGGCUUGUCAGGAUUGCACAUUCCUGAUGAUUUCCCCUGCCUGYUCACCAAAGUCAAAGCUGGCUUUAUUUUUCCUGUUUGCCCCAAGUAUUUUAAGGAGAACCCAGAAAUUUUUCCUUUCGUUUAUGCCUCUCUUUACAUGCAGGAGAUGAGCCAGGGUUGGGGUAAUGCUGUAAGUAUUGGCAUGAUUUAAUUUUCUCACACUGCUUGUUCCAAUCCAUAAUCCACAAUCCACAAAUCUUUUCAUUUCCUGAAUGAGGACUUUGGCAGCUUUGGGACACUGAUUAUCAAAAAGGAUUGAAUUGUUGGCUGGAAAUGUAACAGCAGGAUGAUGGGAAAUGAAGGUAAAUUUGUGCGUUUUAUUUGCUCAACCACAUUUUUAAACUCUUAAUGCUGUAUCUAGAUGGAAUGGCAGAACGUUAUCACCGUCCUGACACCACAACAAAGCCAGUGCUGCACUGCUCCAAGCCUGCACAUAUCACCCACGGGUCUUUCCGUGGCCCAGCAAAAGCAGUUUUUCCUCCUGGAACAUCUGUAAACUACAUCUGUGAGCCCGGCUUCUCUCUCCUGGGGACAGCAUCCCUUUAUUGUACAUCAUCUGGAGCCUGGAGCCAUCCCCCUCCCRUCUGUCAAGCCGUGGAGUGUCCGCAGCCUCCGAACAUCACCAACGGGAGGCUCAAAGGCAACACCUCUGGCACUUUUCCCUCCGGAGCCGCUGUAUCCUACAGCUGCAAUCGGGGUUAUUCACUCGUUGGGAAUGCUUUCAUCAACUGCACGGUGUCGGGAGUCUGGAGCCAACCCCUCCCUCAGUGCAAAGAGAUCAGAUGUGAAUUCCCGGACGUCCAAGGUGUUAAAAAAGCCAUUAAAGGAAACACUUACCGCUCCGGGACUAACAUCACUCUUGAAUGUGAUGAUGGUUUCAUGCUGGAAGGCAUCAGCCACACUCAGUGCCAAGAGGAUUUCAGCUGGGACCCUCCUGUGCCAGCCUGUAAACUGAAGUCCCCCAGGUCUGGGUCAGUAGGSCUAGGAGUGGCAGCCGCAGGACUUCUGCUGCUCCUGGGGGCAGGCGUUGUCUGGAAAAUCAUUUCCAAGCAGAAGGAAGGCUAUUACCGUACAUAUGAAAACUGUAAUUCCAGAACACCCCUGAACCCAGCAAGUGAACAGAAAGGCUCAUGUCUUCCACAGGAGGCUGGAAAUCCGUGCUGCUGCUAGCCAAGCACUGGGCUCCUUCCCAGCAGGGAGGAAGUGCUGCUCACAUUGAGACUGGAAUUCUGUGGCAAAAAAAAAAAA